AUGAACACCACAGACACAUCUCACCGCAAGGGCCUGGUCGGCGCCGGGCCCACGACUUCAUUCUGGCUCUACGAUUCCGAGACCGGUUUCGACCUCACGCACCCCGCCACGCCAGACUCCAAACCCCUCUACCCGCGUGUCACUCUCCCCACCACAUCGCUGCCCAUCACCAUCAGUCCUGCGAAGACCGCACUCGUGAUCAUCGACAUGCAGAACUUCUUCAUCUCCCCCUCUCUGGGCCGCCCUGCUGAUGGCAAGGGCCUCAAGGCACAAGAUCAACUCCUCAAGCACGCCAUUCCCGCCGCCCGCCGCGCAGGCAUCCGCAUCAUCUGGCUCAACUGGGGGCUCACGGACGCUGAUCUGAGCAAGAUGCCCCCGGCAACCUUUCGUGCCUUUGGCUUUGGCAGCCCCUCGCGCCAACCCGCCAUCGACAGCCACGGCGUCAACGAGCUCGCGCCCCAAAUCUCGCGCCAGCUCGAAUCCGGCGGCAAGAACGCCCGCAUCUACAAAGGCCUCGGCAGCGAGAUCGGCCCCGUCACCACCGCGGACGGCACCACCGUCGAAGCUGGCCGGCUGCUGUUCCGCGACACGUGGAAUGCGGCCAUGACCCCGGAACUGAUGGCGGAAUGGGAGGCGGGCAAGACGCAGAAGGCGGUGCCGGACGUGUGGCUGCACAAGAACCGCAUGAGCGGGCUGUGGGGCCAGAGCACCGACGCGACCGACUUUGUUGAGGAGCAGGGCAUUACGACGUUGGUGUUUGCGGGGGUUAAUACUGAUCAAUGCGUCGGCGGCAGCCUGCAAGACGCCUUCUCCCGGGGCUACGACUGCAUCCUGCUGUCCGACGGGGCGGCGACGACGAGUCCCCCCAGCAGCCAGGAGAGUAUCGAGUUCAACUGCGCAAAGACGUGGGGGUUCUGCACCACGUGCGAGAAGUUUGCCGAGGGUGUGGACAAGAUCGAUCGUGGUCCUGUGUAG